AUGACUGGACUGCCGACGGCCAGCGCCGACGAGCAAGGAGAGGAAAAGAAUGCUGAAGCAGACAGCAGUAGCAGCAAGUCAAAGGAGGCCGAAGAGGCGAACGAAAGAGAAGAGGAAGAUGGUGGCGCCGAUGGAUCCGACGCUGUGGCACAAGGUGUCGCCGCUUUGGGGCUCGGCACCUACGGCGCGCACAUGUUCCGCCCCAAGAACCCCGCGUACAAAGAGGUUUGGCACACCGCGUCCCUGUACCAUCUCGUCCACACCGCCGCGCUGCUCGGGGUGCCCAUCACCAAGCGCCCCAACGUCUUCGGAGGGCUCCUCACUGCUGGAAUCGUGCUCUUUUCUGGAACGUGCUACACCGUGGCUUAUCUUGAAGACAGGAAGCUUUCUUCACCGGCACCAUUGGGUGGCUUUGCCUUCAUAGCUGCUUGGGCCAGCCUCCUCUUCUGA